AUGGAAUUGGCCCAGGCGGAGGUGGAUUUUUGGAAGAGCAAGGUGCCCAGCGACCACCCCAAGCUGCUCCAAGCACAGCAGACCCUGGAGGAGUACCUGCAGAAGUCCUUCCUUUCCCUGCCUGGGGAAGUCCAGGCGAAGCGUCUGCAGGCUACCGCCAACGCGGAGUGGAACAAGGUGAACAGCACGAAGGCGGAACUCAUAGACGCCAAGUGCGACGCCUACCAGCAGCUUGCGAUCAACAUCAAUGAGAAACUUGAUAAGCUCAAGGGGAAGAUCCAGCAGCUUAAGAUUCUCGAGACCUCCCUCACACCGGCAGAUCCGAAGCCGGAGCCUUCACCUCAACAGAUCAUCGCGUACAUGAAGGAGCACCCGCAAGAGGUAAGCAACCUCUCAGAGCCCGAAAUACUCACCAAGGUGCUAUCCAUCAACGACACCAGCAAGGCCCUUGAAAAGAAACACGCUGAGCUCAAGGAGAUGGACGGAGGGAUUGAAGCGGAGGUGCAGUGGUUGGCGGGGCAGGCUGCAGCGGAAAAGGCGCGAAGCGAGGCAGGCCACCAGGGGCUGCCGGGCGAGCCAGCCGCGGACGCUCAGGAGCGACCCAAUGAAGACCCGCCAGUAGGAGACGGCGGCUCGGCAGAGAGCGCAGAGAUGACAGGCGCAACGCCCGCCGCCAUGCCCACGGCUGCUAACCCGGCCGCCUCCAAGGCCAGAGCGGCGGGGGCGUCGCAAGCACCGUCGCCUGGGUAG